UGUGCUUUAGUUCACGAAAGUUAGGUAGGUUGCUGCCUUAGCUGUUGUAACAUGAACACAUUUUUCAGCUGUUUGUUAUUAUUAUUUCCAACUAACCAAUAGUAGUUGCCAUGCAUUUUUUUUUGUAUCAAUGCACUUUGAGCCCUGAAUAACAGUAAAAGCUAUUGAAUGAUUGAUUUGCAUGCAUAGUCUACUACACUUUCCAUUAAACAAAUCCCCCAACAGUUAGCUGAACAUUAUAUGGUCGCAUCCUUCCACUCCCUGUUUUCUUACCCUGUUUAAACAAGAAAUCAACUGCAUUUGUCCCAGUGUUUGUGCUAUGGGAAAUUAAAGGUCCCAUGGCAUGCUACUUCAUGGAUGCUUUAAUAUAGGUAUUAGUGGGCCCCAAACACAGUAUUUGAAGAUGUUCCUGAAAUUCAGCCGUGGUGCAGAAUUACAGCCACUACGGGCAGUCGCACAUUGAGCUUUCCCCAAAUGUGCCGUUUCUGUGUCAGUAGCUUUAAUGCAAAUGAGGAGGAGAGAGGCGGGUCAAGAAGGAGGGUGGGGGUGUGGCCCUGAGCAGCUUGAGGCCAAGGUACCAUGCGCUCUGCUUACAGUGGAUGUAUCGCAAUGACGAAGCAUACAACAAUCAAUCCCUUUCUCCUCAAUGUCAUGGUUCAUGUACUUCAGGGAGUCAAAGCCAAAGUUCCUUUCCCCCAAUUCCUUCUCAACCAUGGCGGAGAUAACCCCAACUACAGUCUGGUUGUGGAAUUACUAGGGACGUCAAAGAACCGACGUUUUAUGCGCCAUAGCAUCAAAGCAGAACGGUUAUCCAAACUACAAAGCACCACACAUGUGGCGCUCGCAUGGUCGUAGCUCAUUGUCCGAUUGGCAGGCCGAAUUUUCUGGGCGGGCCAGUCAGAGAAAGGGGAGGUAACUUGGCCCCUUAUGACGCCCAUAUGGGGCCACAUUACAAAUCAGCGCCCCUUAGCUUCCAUUUUUUUUAGAGGCGAGCAGGAUACCUAGUGCUCGUUUUACACCGAACGCAAGUUUUAGCCACUGGGAGACGAUAGGCAGGCUAGGGGAACUCAUAUUAAUGUUAGAAAACCUCAUAAAGGGAGAUUUUCAUGCCAUGGGACCUUUAAGCAAUAAAAUACACUCUCCUUCUCCAGUAUCGUUCGCGACACCCUUCUUCUUCGUCUUUUCUUGAAUUUGUCUCUAACUCAUGCUCUAAUCUUUCAUUGAUCGAUUCUUCGGAUGUUGUGAAUGCAACAGAAUAUAUAUGAUGCAUCGUUGCAGUAACAUUUAAGAUGAUGGCGAUGAGUUCUGCCCGUUCUGCCUCCGUGCUGUCUGCGGUCAAACCAAAACAAACUACAGUGUCAGCGGCCGCACUUAUCCCGCCUCUUGCGAACUUCGACCAUGCGUCCAAUCCCGCCCUUUGCAAGCCCACCCCCCUAGAUUCUGCUGAUGUCUGAACGACAUCGAUGCCCGCAGAUAAAGCAUCAAGUGUGAAAAACCCUCAGGGUCGAAUCUUCUGAUAUACAAAUACGGCAAACUUAAAAAUAUUAUGCUUGCUUCAUGAAGUUAGGAGAAAAUUGUUAUGCUUGCUUCGUUACGUUAUAGGUGAACCAAUAUAUUAUACGUUGUAACAUUAUAGGCAAUUCUUUUUUUUAAUAUUUAAUUAUAUUACAUUAUGCGCUCAGAAAUUAAAUAGAAUAUCGACAGUAACAUUUAAGAUGAUGGCGAUGAGUUCUACCCGUUCUGCCUCCGUGCUGAACGGGCAGUUUCAUAUUAUUAGCUAUGGGUUUAAAAACUACUAGAGGUUGAGCGCAGGCAACGCACACACGGACACUCUAGUCUUACUUCUAUAUAAUAGCAGGCCUGUCGCACCAGUUACUCAAGUUGUUCAGUGUGCACGUGCCAAGCAGCCUGCAGCUCUCACACACACACAGCACACGCAAACGCAUACAUACACCGCAAGCACGCACAUACACACCGCAUCCACACACACCGAACAAACACACCACACACAUACGCAGCUGUGCACAAACAUACACGGAAUCACACACACACGCACGCACACACACCACUAGCCAAUACAAAGGCAGCGACACACUCGCCCAGGUAAGAGGUUAUGUUUUAACCGUAACGGCUCCGCCAUCGACACACGCGCAGGUAAGAACAAACACGCACGCACACACACCGCAGCGACACUCGCCCAGGUAACACGUUAUGUUUUCAAACAUAACGGCUCCGUCAUCGACACACGCGCCCAGGUAAGACCACACACGCACACACCGCGACUCGCCCAGGUUAGACGUUAUUUUUUUAAACAUCUUACUGCUAUAGAAUAGCAGGCCUGUCGCACAGGUGAAGGUGCGUCCACACCAAACGCGAAGGGGCGACAUGACUCCAUACAAAUUCAACGUAGAGACUCGAUCAAAGGCCGGGCCUUUGAUCAAGCGUUUGUGUUCUUUUUGUCUCAUUGCUUUAUUGGGCUAAUCUGAGGAGAAAUCUAUGCCAUAAACAGAAAUAUUAUAGGCCUUUAUUACACGGGUCUUCUCAAUGCCGUGGAACGCUCCGUUCACUUGCAUGGGUAUUAGUCCGGUAACUUGUCAACCCCAGCGGCAGACUAUUUCACUGCUGAUCAACACUACGAAUGCUGGUAACGAAUAAAUUGUGAAAAGACACACCAUGUGAAGUUAUUUUCCAAAUAAGAUUUGAAAAACUUUGGAAGUUUAUUUAGAACACUAUUUACAUGGUUUCGGAGUAGAACACUUUGACAUUUGAAUACAGUUCAGCGAGAAAGGCGACGAAGAAUAAGAAGGGGGCGUUCCAGUCUGCGUGAAGGGGAACCCCCACCACACGAGAACGCCCAUUUGUGUCUGCAGUGGGAUGAUCAUAGAUAUAUAUAGAACACUAGAUACGUCACGGCAAUGUUGAGCUCCGGUCGGCUGACGGCCACCGCGGCGGCCAUCUUGAAUGGGUCAACCCGCUGUCUAGUGCAUUACACCAUAUGGAAAAUUCAUACAAAGAUGUAGCAAAUUUGAGCGGUGAUGGCUCAGUGGAUGACACUAAAAACAUCAUAGUUGAUAUUCCAUGUUUGAUUUUAAGAUUUUUUUUUUUCCUCUAUGUUAUACAAGAAACACACUUUUUAACACAUGACAUUUAUAUGUUAAAAAGUGUGUAUAUAUAUAUAUAUGUAUAUGUGUGUGUAUAUACACAUAUAUAUAUACACACAUAUAUGUAUAUAUGUAACUAUAUAUAUAUAGUUAUAUAUAACUAUAUAUAAUUAUAAAGUGAUUCCCUCUGAUCUGGUUUGUACUGAACGACGGUGUACACACUUGAAAGCAGCACAAUGAACUGGCAUUGUUUUUUUUUGAGAAAUGAGCUGUGAACAUAUAUAUCUAUGGCUGUCUGACAGUCUGAGAAUACCUACUCAAGACCCACACAAGAUGGCGGCUCCGUGUGCCGCGGCUGAGAGGGGCGUGGCGUAUCUAGUGUUCUAUAUAUAUCUAUGGGGAUGAUAUUGAAAUAUUUGAACUUCACCGCGACAUUCGUGUGAUGACAGCCAAUCAGCAUUCAACGGCUACUGAGUGACAUAACGUAACAGCCAAUCAGCUUUCAACAGCGUGGCCACUGAGGGACGUAACGUAACAGCCAAUCAGCGUUCAACAGCGUGGCCACUGAGUGACGUAACGUAACAGCCAAUCAGCUUUCAACCGGCCAACCGUUCCCUGCAGUGCCGACCGGGUGAACCGCAGCAUGGAGGAGAAGGGAUUGUUGCCGUUUGCACUCCCGGAGCUCUAUCUAUAAUAGUAUAUAAUAUGAUAUAAAUGUAAUGUAUAAUAUUACGGCCAGAAGCUGUGUGAGCCUCCGGACGGCCGUAGCGCGUCGGGAUUGGGCUUCGAGGGGUUUGUUUACCGGCGUUGCUAGGGUUACCGGUCCUGUGUGUUCCAACGGUUUAUUAGCGGUGGUAUCUAAUAAAUCGCUGUCUAAUCAAUACUUCAUUCACUGCCUCUUCCAUGGUCAUUACGAUAUUAUGGACCGACUGCGUCUGGUUCUCCGCCGUCCCUCCCUCUUCCACAACAGACUCACCGUCACCCUGGAUAGAGGGGAGAGAGCACUUACUGGAUGAACUCGAUGAAUUGACGCUUCAGGGCUGGAUGCUUCACGACAAGAGUCUCUACCGUGUUUCUACUACUAAGAAGGGCUGGAGGGCCAGUAGAGAAGACUGUCAGAAGAGAAAGGCAGACCUGGUGGUCAUCAACAGCAGAGAAGAACUGAACCAGGUUUCCAGGUUGGUCAGCAGAUUGGUGGGUUCUUCCUGGAUUGGACUGAGUGAUCGAGAGAAAGAGGGGACCCACAAGUGGGUGGAUGGUACCCCCAUGACCUCAAGUUGGAGACACGUUAAACCACGCGAUGACGGCGGAGCAAGAGACUGCGUCGUAGCAGGGGAGGACGGCUGGUCUGAAGAACCGUGUAACAGACUGCACCACUGGAUCUGUGAGAAGGUCCUAGACCUGGAUCAUCUGGAGGCUGAGCGGAACAAAGAGGGUUCAGUGAUGCUCACGGAGGAGGAGGAGGAGGCCCCCAGCAUCACAGAGUUCCACUCCUCUACCCACGUGUUGCCCGUGGGCCAAACGGCCCGCUACACCUGCCACGCCGGCGGCACGCCGGAGCCCACAGUAGAGUGGCUCCACAACGGCAGGCCCCUGGAGAGGGACGGCAGAGACGACCAAUCAGAGGCCUGGGUGGAGAGGGGCUUCCUCUUCGUCAGAGGUGGGAGGUACGGCGUGAACACGGUCUGCUGCAUGGCGAGCAACAGCGCUGGCACGGCCAAUCACAGCGCUGAGCUGCUUGUCUUUGAUGCCUGUGACCUCACACUGGACCCCAACACGGCCCACAGAGACCUCUCUCUGUCUGAGGACAACAGGAAGGUGACGUGGGUUGGAGAGGACCAGUCGUAUCCGGAUCACCCAGACAGAUUUGACUCCUGGCGCCAGGUGUUGGGUAGAGAGGCUCUGACUGGCCGCUGUUACUGGGAGGUAGAGUGGGAAGGAUGGGUUGAUAUAGGAGUGACAUACAGAGGAAUCACAAGGAGAGGAGAGGGUGGUGACAGCGGCUUGGAGGGAACAACAAGUCCUGGGUUCUUCAUUGUUAUGAUGGUCGUUACUCUGCCCGGUACAACGGUACAGAGACAGCCCUCCCUCUCCCCCCCGCUGGCUCCACCAGAGUAGGAGUGUAUCUGGACCGGCCUGCUGGCUCUCUGUCCUUCUACAGAGUGUCCCCAGGUGGAGGAGGGUCCUCAGACACACUGACACACCUCCACACCUUCUGGUCCUCCUUCACCCAGGAGGACCUCCUCCCGG